AUGGGCAUCUUUGCUGCACAUAGACUCUUCUUGGGAGAGAUCAGAUCCAUGGACAUAGAAAUGACUGCCUUUGAAACAGAAAAUGUGGAGCUGGGUGUGAGGAUGAAAAGCUCUUUGAAUGAGACCUUCUCCAUUGACCAGGGACCUAUCACAGCAGAUGCACCAAUCAUGUAUAUGUGUAAUGGUAGUCAUACACAGGGGACAGCUAUCAUCAACAGGAGUACUAAGAGAUGCGUGGAGAUUAAUGAGGACUCCCCAGGUUCCUAUACCCUCAUUCUCCAGAAAUGUACUGGGCAGGGAAUCAUCAACAAAGUGACAGUAAAAAGACAUCAUGGGGAGCAGAAUGCCCUGUCUCCUUCCUUACAGGAUAAUACAACAAAUUGGUCUUUUGGGGAGAUGACUGCUUACGAUCUAGAUAACUUUACAAGACAUUCUGUGACACAAAUGGAGAUGGAGCAGGCAGAGGCUAUCAUCGGGCAUCCAAUAAAGCUCCAGGAUAGAGGGAAUCAUGUCCAAUCAUUGGAACCUAGGGCUGGAAAUAAGGCACGACUCAAGGUCCAAAGUGAACUCUACCCAGACUCAGCACUUUUCUAUAACUGGGGUGAAGGCUUGUCAGAGUCCCAACAGACAGAGGCUCAGAGCCUCUUCCUGAAGUUUGGUUACAAUGUUUACCUGAGUGACCAGUUGCCUCUCAAUCGCUCUUUCAAAGAUGGUCGCAAUCCCAGGUGUCUUGAGAAGACAUAUCCCCACCAACUUCCAACUGUCAGUGUUAUUCUCACAAUUAUGAAUGAAGCCAUGUCAGUUAUACAACGGGCCAUCAACAGCAUCAUCCACCAGACCCCUUCUCAUCUGCUGAAGGAACUCAUCCUGGUAGAUGACUUUAGCUCAAAUGAUGAACUAAAGGAAGAUUUGGGUAACCAGAUCCAGAUUUACAACCACAAGUAUCCCAGGCUUCUGAAACUGAUCCGUCACACCAAGAGGAAGGGGCUCACUCAGGCCCGUAUCUCUGGCUGGAAAGCUGCUAAAGCAGAUGUGGUCGUUAUCUUAGAUGCUCAUGUUGAAGUGAACGUUGGUUGGGCAGAGCCCAUCUUAGCACGGAUCCAGGAAGACCACACUGUGAUUGUGUCACCCAUGUUUGGAAAAAUUCAUUUUGACACCUUAGAAGUGGAACAUUAUCCCUUAGCUUCUAUUGGAUUUGACUGGGCUCUCUGGUGCCUCUAUGAUGCUGUGCCAAAAAGUUGGCUUAAACUGAAGGAUGAUACUGCUCCAGUGAAGAGUCCUUCCAUCAUGGGCAUCUUUGCUGCAGACAGACUGUUCUUGAAAGAAAUUGGAUCCCUUGAUAAAGGAAUGCAAGUCUAUGGAGGAGAAAAUGUGGAACUAGGCCUGAGGGUGUGGCAGUGUGGAGGAAAGAUCGAGAUACUUCCCUGUUCUCGGAUUGUUCAUCUGGAGAGAGCCUUCAAACCCUAUGCUUGGCAUCUGGGGCAAUUUAUGAGACGCAAUGCUCUGCGUGUGGCUGAAGUCUGGUUGGAUAAUUACAAAUCCAUGGUUUACUAUUACUGGAAUCUGCCUGUGAAGAACCAUGGCAUAGAUUAUGGAGACGUGUCUUCCAGAAAGGAACUCAGGAAGAAACUGAAUUGUCGGAGUUUUGACUGGUACCUCAAAAAUGUUUAUCCAUCUCUGAAGCCGGUUCGGAACAUUGUUGGUUAUGGAGUAGUAAGAAAUACUUUGAAUGAGAUGAUCUGCAUGGAUCAAGGACCAGUCUCAGGGAAAACUCCAAUCAUGCAUACUUGCCAUGGGUUUGAAUCACAGGUUGUGUUCUACUUUAUGACAGGAGAACUGUACCUGGGACAGUUAUAUGAUAAUUGGUUCUCCAAAAAUCAGUGCCUUGUUGAUUCUGGGCAAGGGUCUGAGCCAGAAUUAGCAGCGUGCUCCAAUGUGACAUAUAAAGGAAUACAUACACAUUGGGAUUUUAAACAGGGGGGAGCUAUAAUCAACAGGGGCACCAAAAGGUGUCUGGAAAUCCAGCAAGAUGCCACAGGAUCCCAUACUCUCAUCCUCCAGGAGUGUACAGGGCAAAUGUGGAAUAUCCAACAUGUCAUCAGAGAUGGGGAGAACCCUCAGUACUAA